AUGGCCAAGAACAAGAAGGGAAAAAAGAUCAACAAGGCCAUCCAGCAGUGGGAAGAAUACUUUGGCGAGGACACGCUGCAAAACUGGCAGAAGCUCGUAACGGACCUCAACAUUAGAGGCACCUACUGCAGCAAGACCCAGUGCCGCAAGGCUAUCAAGAAGGUUUGGGUCAACAUCUUUGACUUUCUCGAGGCCAUGUCUAGCGGCACACCGGUGCACAAGUUCCCAAACCAGAGAGCUCUUGCCGAUUACACUCUUUCGAAUGAACUUGUGUUUCCGAGAAGAAGAAUCGUGUCGGGAACUCCCAUGGCAGCCCUGCUGGCAAAUAUCAUGUAG